AGCCGCCCCAGCGCAAGCCAGCCUUCCCGGCCAGAUGACCCCGGGCCGCCCCCUGGAGCGUGGCCCGGACAUGCUCCGCUCGCGGCCGGCCGCCGGAUAAGGCUGAGAACCCCCACGGGGCGCCCGUGGGAGCCGUCGCGGCCCUCGCAGGCGCAGCUGGCAGGCCGCCGGCCAGGCUCGCCGUCGAGGUGCCCGCGCGCCCCUGGCUGCCGAUGUCAGGCAACCGGGCCAGGCGGCGCGGCGGCAGGGCCGACGGCGCGGGCGCGGAGGACGGCCACGACGGCGGCAGCCAUGGCCCCAGCCGACGGGAUGGCACGGGGGACGGCGGCGGAGGCAAGCGCGGCGGCAAGUCCGAGCACGCCCGGAGGGGCCCCGACGAGGACAACUGGCGUAGCUCUGACCCUGCCAGCGGCCCUUCGGACGGCAGGCGGGGCGUGGGCGGAUCCCAGCGGAAGGCGUACGCGGGCGGCGACGAGCCCCCACGGGGCGGCGGCCGGGAGCGGGGCGAGCGGGGCAAGGGGGCGGAUUGGGACCGGCCCGCCGGCGUCGACCGGGGCAAAGGCGGCAAGCGAGCGCGCGACAGGCGCGACAGGGCGCACGAUGGUGACCUGGGCUCUCGCUGGGGUGGCCGGCAGUCGCUCGGCGAGGAGUCGGGUGCUCGGGCCGGUGGCGAGCCCGUGGAGGAGGCCGUGGAGGCGCCGGAUGCGAGCGGACAGGGCCAGGGCCAGACUGGCGAGGAGUCCGCGACCCGCAUCGCGAUCUUCACCAGGCAGCUCAUGGAGCUUCGCAGGGACACGUGCCCCAGCGCGCAGCACUGCUCCGAGAUAAUCCACAGUCUCAAGGUUGAGCUGAGCAGACCUGAUGCAAUGCUGAAGCCCGAUGAGCUUGGUGAUCUGACGUACGUGCUGGGCAAGCUCUACACUCUAGGAAAGCUAAGUCCUUCGCAGACGGUGCAGGACGUUCUCCAGCUGCUGGCCUGCGCUGCCUCCAACGACGCGAGCAGGCUGUCCCCGCAUGGCAUCUCGAACCUCGUCGUCGGUUUCGCGAACCUCGCCCCGAUGAACGUGCGCAGCGAGAACCUGAUGCCUGUGCUGGCUUCGGAGGUGGUGGACAAGAUCAGUGCUUUCGAGUCCAGCCAUCUUUCGCAGACCUCGUGGGCCUUCGCGAAGUGCAGUUUGUGGAACGACGUGCUCGUGAGCACCCUCGGGAGCGAGUGCAUCAAGAAGAUGGACACGUUCAGUGCGCAUAGCUUGUCGCACUUGUCUUGGGCGAUGGCGCAGUGGGCGACCACGGAUCAGGAGCUCAGGGACGCGCUGGUGGCGCGAGUGAAAGAGCGUGUCCACGACCUGGCUCCGAAUCCACUGGCCACAAUGACGUCAUCGUUCGCCUCGCUCCAGGUGAAGGACCCGCUGCUGUACCAGGCAAUAUCGAUGGCCGUCCGCGAGAAAAUCCACAGCUUCAAGGCGACCGACCUCGCAACCAUGGUCAACGCGUUCGCGAAGGCUGGCAUUGCAGACGAGGCGAUGCUCGAGGCGGCGGCGGGCGAGCUCCUGGGGAAGCUGCCUGGGGGCUUGAGGCCAGCGGAGAUGUGCGAUGUCGCUUGGGCGUUCUCGCAGACCAAGGGCCAAUUCUCGCCCGCGCCGCUGAUGGGCGCGAUCUCCGAUGAGGCGUUCCAGCGCCUUCCGAGCUUCCAGAGCCAGGACGUGGCGAACCUGCUGUGGUCGCUGGCGGUGUCGCAGGUGCACCACAAGCCGUUGAUGUCGGAGAUCGGUAACAUGGUUGCCAACAACAUGGAGAGGUAUACUGCGCAGCACCUGGCCUCGAUAGCGCGGGCCUACGGGGCGCUCCUGCUGAAGCACACUAGAUUCAUGGAGCUCCUGCCCCGCCACGUCCACGUGAGCUUGCAGAACCAGGCCCAGAACCCCAACGCCAGCGUAGAGCCCUUCAAAGCGUCGCACCUGUCGAACAUCGCAUUCGCCUUUGCCACGCUGAAGGUUCCGUGCGAGGCCCUGAUGAAAUACAUGGCCCCCACAAUCGCGCACAACAUCGAGGAGCUGCGGCCGAUGUUCCUGUCGCGCUGCGCCCGCGCCUACCGCGCGCUGUCCGUGCACUGCCCGGACCUCAUGGCAGCGGUCGUGCGGGAGUCCACGCGGAAGUUGCAGACGAGCCCGAAGGAUUUUGCCACGCGAGACUUGCGGAGGGUCGUGGAUUCGCUCUUCGCCUCGGGGGCGAUACGGCGUGGCGCCGCGAUGGAGACCGAGCUCGCCGAACGCAUGAGGAAAGUCAGUGACAGGUUCUGCGGGGUGUAUUCGGGAGGCGCCGUUGUGCCCGUCGACGAUUGCAGGAGCCUUAUGGAAGCCAGCAAGGACCUCGAAUGCAGCCUCGCCGGGACACCGAUGCUGAUCUCGAGCUUGCACAUCUGCGUCCCGAGCCGCGACUUCAUGCGCCGCUGUUUCGCCCAGACCUGGAAGAGCUUCGACGGUGCCAUGGGGGCUCAUCUCGCCGAGCGUGGCGGGGAGUACACGGCGGUGGAGAUGGACGUCUGCGUCGGCCCGGGGGGCCAGAGGCUCCACGACUGGAUCGUGCGCUGCAAGGGCCACAGGGGCCCCGUCACUGGCGGCGACGAGGGACGCCCGUUGCCUCGACUGGUCCAGUUCCUUCCCUUCUCCCUCUUUCGUUCCUCUCCUGCGCAAUGUAUUCAUAUGCCCUCCUUCUAUUCCUCCCCUGUCUCCUCCCAUGUCUCCUUCGUCUCCUCCUCUUCUCCCUUCCCCUUCCCCUUCUCCUCAUUCUUGUCCUCCUCGUCCUCCUCCUCCUCCUCCUCCUCCACUUGUGGAGGGACAUGAACAGUUGUCUUGUAUUUCUGAAAUAUGGUGAACACUUGUUUUGUGGCCGUGAGCUUAACUUCCCGAUCAGAUAGUACAUGUUGCGUCUUGUCUUUGCUUUGUGUGUCACGCGUGCUCACCCAUAAGAGGCUUGGCGGUUUUGAUCUUGUGACGCUUCGCGUCUGUUCCGAUUCCGAUUCCGAUUCCUCCUCCCCCUCCACCCACAGGGUAGCUAGCAGCGAAUUCCAAGGAUAUCCUGCUGCUGCUGCUGCUACUGCUGCUCCUCCUCCUCCUCCUCCGCCUCUCCAUCUCUCCUUUCUACUCCUUUUUCCUUCUCUUCUUCCCUCCCUCCUCAUCGGCAUCAUGCAAUCAUCGUCAGCCUCUCGUUUCUCACGCCUGUCCUUCCUCUGCCCCACAUCGCCCACGAAGGGGAGGAGGGGGAAAGACCGGACCCGUGGCCGUGAGCAGGGCCUCCCAGGCGAAUGGCUGUUGCCGGCGGAGCACCCCUGGCGAACCGACGGCCGCUCGACCCCGAUGUACCAGGCGCUCGCCGAGGUCUGCCUGAGGAUGGCCAACAUGUGCAUCGACAUGGACUCCCCUGCGUCGCGGGCCACCGCGAGGGGCAGCGUGGAGAUCCUGUGCACCACCAUGCCGGACCUGUGCAGCAUCGGGGCGCUCAAACAGCUGGACGCCUUCUUCCCGAACGUCAUUGUGAGCUUCACCGAGCAGGUCUUGAAGGCGUCGGUGGUCGGCGUCGACCUGUGAUGCGCCUUGGCCGAGGGUGUCGACCUCUGGCCGCCUGCACCGCUGGCCCCUGAACUGAUACGGGCGGCUGCAGCCAAAGCGGCGGCUGAUCUCGCCGCGCGCCGGACUGACAGCCCGCAGGACCCUCCCUCUCCUCCUGGACCCGCCUGGCAAGGGAUGGGGCUGCUAAUCUGUCAAGAUGCGUGUCCUGCCAGACCGGCAACCGCACCCCUCCCUCCCUCUCUCCUUCCUCGCACUCCC